AUGGCUGGCAACCAACUUCCCAUCCCGAAUCGAUUCAUUACUGGCCACAAUCAAGCUGGCAAGGCGAUAUUCGAAACCUGCCUCCCCGAUGCGCUCGUCAGGACGAAUGUCGGGACUCAUGACUUCUUCCUUGGUUAUGUCACCAACGAGCACCCUGUCGAUCUACAAGACAACAAGGACAUUGACGUCUACAAGCAAUACUUAACCCAACCUCCAGGACUCGCCGUCUCAGGAGGCAGCGUCCUUCGAUUCGUCGACUUCCCACCGGGCAAGUCGGCCAUGCAUCGGACGGUGAGCAUCGACUACGGCAUUGUGCUCGAGGGCGAGAUGGAGCUACUACUAGACUCAGGCGAGACCCGUCAUAUGAGACGCGGAGAUGUGGCGAUCCAGCGCGGGACGAUUCACCAAUGGAUAAACCCUAGUGGCAACGAGUGGGCACGGAUGGUGUUUAUGCUCCAGGAGAGCAAGCCCCCCCGGCCAACGAGUCAAGACUCCCGCCUCGAUCGAUACAUACACAUCCCCUCGGGUGCUUCUGGCCAUUUGGCGACUGAAACUGCCAGAGACUACGACGCCCUCGUGUCGAGCGACUCUGAGAGCUCAGGUUCAGGCUCAGGCUCCUCCUUCGAUAGUGAUAACAUUGGAUCAGACCAGUCCGAGGGUUGUCCGUGGCGAACUUCUCGAUUCUACGACCAAGAAUGUUCACGCUACUUCGACUGCCCAUCUCACACCGUCGAACGAAGCCUAUCAGAUAACGGAUCAGUGCAUCAGGAGUCUAUUAACGACCCCGACGACUCCGAACCACUGCACCCCGCUGACGAUCGCGACCAACAAAACGAACACGCCUCUCGUUUCUCAGACGCGGAACUUGCGCAAAUCGGCAUUUUCAGAGGCCCUGCGCAACCCGUACCCACGACUGAGGCUUACGCGGACAUGGAGGCCACUUCUCCGGAAAGGGACGCUGGCGCAAGCGCAGGAGGCGACCCAGAUUCGACAACUCCUGACGAUCAAGGGGCUGCUUUGACGACAACGCAGAGGCCGACAUCCGUGGAAGAGCCUGGGAGCAGUUCUCGAGACAGAGACGAUGCCGAGGACCAACCCAGCCCAUCCCGCGAGAGAAUGGAUGCUCCUCUGCCCUCUGUCAGAUCAUUAGAAGAUGCUCUACCGCCACUCCCUCGAUCCUCUCGGCCAUCGAUAUCUUCAGAACCUCCCCGACCCAGAUGGCAGCCCGAUAACGAAGUCACGUACUGCCCGAUAUGUCGCACCCAGUUCAGCUUUUUUGUACGCAAACACCAUUGCAGAAUCAUCAUUCCAUACCAGUACAUCGUCAGGCCACCUGGCUCAGACACGACCAUGCACCAAGCGCUACUAAUCGAUGGUCUCGGGGCUGGAUACUUUGAUGUCAACGACAUGUCAGGGGGUGAGCGGGUGAGGCUUUGCAAUCCAUGCGUUCCAGACCCCAAUACUGCACCUCCGCAGAGUCCGAGCCCCCAAGCAACCCUGUCGCCUCGAUCUGCUCACCAGAGAUCGCGGAGCAGUAUCGGCAGCGCCUAUGGCACAUUGCCGCCGUCCAAUAGGCACGGUGCAGUCUUUGCUCCAGGCGCCAGUGGUGAUCCUUAUCGAUACCUCUCCCCCAGGAUGAGAAGCGUCACCAUGGUCCCUCCUUCAUCUGGCUCAUCAUCUCCUGGUCCGUCCUAUCGACAACGUAGUGGAACACACCAAACCCCUGUUGAACGUCUAUUGUCUGGCGUUCAGUCCUCGUCACCUUCUUCAUAUCCAAAUCGAUAUAGCUCACUUGGAGAGUCAUCCUCGAGACAGAGGGCACUGCCACCAACACCUCAGAUUGCAGAAGAGGACGAGUGUCCUAUCUGCCAUCGCGAGCUGCCCUCACAGAGUCUCCCCAACUUUGAAGCCCUUCGAGAAUCACACAUUACGUCGUGUAUCCAAAACCAUAGCACAUAUGGCACACCCCGUGGGGAAGGCGGAGCGCCGCCUGCUCCACGACGGACUGGCAUGUACACUUACCUGGCAACAGAGAAGGACUGUAUCGACGACGCCGAGUGUACCAUCUGCCUGGAAGAGUUUACGGUUGGAGUUCCCAUGGCGCGAUUAGAAUGUUUAUGUCGAUUUCACCGGGCGUGCAUCUCGUCAUGGUUCGUCAAGCACCCAGGGCGUUGUCCAGUACACCAGCAUGAUGGGUUUGGUUAUUAAGCAAGCCUUUGUUCGCUUGGUCAAGAGUCACGGUUCACGGUUGAAGAUGAGGGGGGAGUUGAUUGCAUAUCAGACGGCGUCAAGGUUGAUAUUUUUGUCUGGCGGUCAGCGUGUUAUUUUUACUACUACUAUCCAUUACUAGACACGAGCAAGCAUCUCUAGGCACUCGGCACUUUCUUUUAUCCUGGGUUUGGAUACCUUGUUUCCAAGAAUAGCGUUCGAAUGGGGUUUCUAUACGAUGAUGGGUGGGUGGCGGAUUCAAAUCUAUAUCCACGGUGUAGCAGCAGUAGUCGAAUGUUGAACGACUCCUCUCUUGCUUUUCCCAUGAUAAAUUUCCCUGUUUGAAUGCCGUGCGUAGUUGCAUUCCGGUGCAAUAACGGAGAGCCCCCUUGUCUAUAAUACAUCCCCUGGUCUCUGUCAUGGCCCCGGUCCCACGGUACGAGGCUUGCGACAGGGCGUUUGUCAAGACGUCAUUCGAUCGGCACUGCAAGUCAGACUUGGGUAGUACGAGGUUGCAUGAGUUUAUGGUGGCUUCCCAAUGUUGCUGUAUUUGGUGUUGACUCUCAUAGCCUGAUGGUUUGAUCAUGGCAAGGAUGAGAAUACAGUCCAGACGUUGAUCCCGAGAUGACAACACUUCAUUUACAAGGACAUAUUUGGUAGACCUUCUGCCUUUGCUACUAUUAUUUUCCAUUAACAGUUAA